AGGUGGUUUAAUCAGUUACUUUCUCACUUCAACUGUGUUCCGUUCCUUUCAGUCUUUCACCAAAAAGAAACUGUUUCGUUCCUUUUCACAGUCACCGCUGCAACCAAAUGCAUCUUCAGAAGCCUCAUCGCAUACUAUUCUCCCUUCGUCCAUUUCUAUCAUCUACCCUCAAACCAAACCCUAACCCUAAUCCCAUUCCUUCAUCUCCAUUCUCUUCUUCUUCAAUCCCAACACCAAACUCCAAUUUCUCCCCCAACGAUUUCUCCCUCAUUUCCAAUCUCUUCACCAACCCAUCCAUCUCACCCGGUUCAUCUCUCCACACCCAACUCACCCUUACCGGAAUCAAACCAACUUCCCCUCUUCUCUGUGCCGUCUUCGAUGACUUUGCCUCCUCGCCGAAACUACUUCACUCGCUUUAUCUCUGGGCUGAGAAUCAACCCGGGUUUAAACCCGAUUCGACUCUUUUUAGUUCGGUCAUCAAAUCUCUUACGAAUAAUAGGGAGUUUCAUUCUGCUUGGAGUAUUGUUCUUAAUCAAAUUGAUAGAGACCAUGGAGAUGACGAGAAGUUGGUUAAUAUUGGUACAUUUGCUAUCAUGUUUCAACGUUAUGCUCGCGCAGGUAUGCCCAAGGAAGCUAUUAGGACAUUUGAGUUUGUAAAAGAUAAGAAGUCAAUUAUGAAUUCGGUCUCAGAAAUGCGUUUUUUUGAGAAAUUGGUUUCUGCACUUUGCAGUGAUGGAUAUUGUACGGAAGCUUCAGAGUAUUUCCUUAGGACAAAGGAGACAGACCCGGGUUGGGUUCCUUCGGUUCGGGUUUAUAACGUAAUGUUAAAUGGAUGGUUUCGUGCGAGAAAAUUCAAACAUGCUGAGAGGCUUUGGGAAGAGAUGAAGAAUGAGAAUGUGAGACCUUCUGCUGUGACAUAUGAUACUCUUGUGAAACUAUACUGUCAGAUGGGUUGUGUUGAAAAGGCGCUUAAGAUGAUUGGUGAAAUGACCAAAGAGGGAAUUGAACCAAAUACAACUGUAUAUAACCCCAUAAUUGAUGCAUUGGCAGGAGCUGGGAGAUUUGAAGAGGCUUUGGGUAUGAUGGAGCGUUUUCAUGUUUUGCAAAUUGGUCCUGAUCUCUCUACUUACAAUUCUCUGGUGAAGGGUUUUUGCAAGGCAAGAGAUCUUGAAGGUGUUAAGAAAAUUCUUAAAAACAUGAUUGAAUCUGGACAUGACCCGGAUCGUCUAACAUACCAUCUUGUGUUAAAGAUGUUAUGUUUAGAGGAGAAGUUAGAGUUGGCAGUUCAGGUUAGCAAGCAAAUGAGGCAUAAAGGACAUGGCAUGAAUUUGGCUACGAGUACAAUGUUAACUCAUUUGCUAUGCAAAAUGAAUAAGUUGGAAGACGCUUUUGCAGAAUUUGAGGACAUGAUAAGAAGAGGUUUAAUUCCUCAAUAUCUUACAUUUCAAAAAUUGAAUGUUGAGUUAAUGAAACAAGGUAUGACUGAGAUGGCUCAAAAACUUUGCCAAUUGAUGUCUUCUGUUCCCCAUUCUACCAACUUGCCAAGUACUUAUGGUGAAGUUAGAGAUGAUGCAAAUGCACGUAAGAAACCUAUAAAUCAGAAAGCCAAAGCAUGUUCUGAUUGCUGAAGGACUCUGAUAGAUAUUUGGCAAGUGUGCCAAAAUUGUCGAGUAAUAAAAUCUUUGUAUCCACAAAGAUGGUGAUUAACUAGAAAACUUAUCAAUUACAAUUGUACUUAGUAAUAAAAUAGGGGGUUUGCAUAAGAUUUUGGUUUGAAAAUUAGAAGGUAAAUUAGAUUAAAAUUAACAAUGAUUAGAAAUUGAUUAAAAAUUUCGAAUCCCCUCUUUUCACUACUUAAUAAUAAAGACUUGGUGUUUGGAAUGGUCGCAAUCUCUCAAUAGGCGGAAGAGUCACUGUCAUCAAUUUGGUAAUCUCUAGUUUACCUCUAUUUUCUCGUUUUUCAAGGCACCAGUGUGUGUGUUAAAGGAGUUGGUUAGUAUUCAAAGAUCUUUCUUGUGGGGAGGUGGUUUGGAUAGCAAGAAAUUGUGUUGCGAUAGUUGGGAAAGAAUAUGUCAACCAAAGGAUAAUGAAGGUUUGGGAAUUAGAAACUUAAGAGUUAUUUAAUUCUUCUCUUUUGAGUAAAUGGAAGUGGAGGUGUUUGAAUGAGUCACUAGCUCCUUGGAAUCAACUUUUGAAAUUUCAUUAUUGCUCUUUCGCCGCCAAUGUUUUGUGUGGGGAAGGUUCAGCGGGACUCAAACAUGCGUCAAUUUGGUGGCGCGAUAUUUGCAAGGUUGGCAAUGCAAUAGAAGGGGACUGUUUUGGUAUUAAUGUUAAUAAUAUUGUUGGAGAUGACAAAGAACUUGGCUUUUGGAAAGAAAAAUGGUUAUGUUCGGGACCUUUACGCGAACUGUUCCCAUCAUUGUUUAUUCUUUCAACACAACAAGACGCUUGCAUCACGGAUAUGGGUUUAUGGGUAAACAAUACAUGGAUAUGGAAUCUGUCAUGGACAGCAGUGCUGCCAGCAGUUGAUUAUGCAGCAGAGGGUGAGUUGCUGCUGUUGCUGGAAGAUGUGAAGUCGUGUAGGGUGAAGCCGGACAGACACCGCUGGAUACCUCACGCAGCUGGUCUUUUUUUCGGUUCAUUGGUGCUACUUGUUUUUGCAGAACAAGUUUGUGUUGGAUGUCAUUGAUACAAACACGGAAAGGGCGUUGAAGAUGCUUUGGUUGAAUGAUGUUCCGUCGAAAGUUAGCUUUUUUGGUUGGAGAUUGUUGUUACAAAAACUACCGACACGUGAAGCUUUACAUGACAAAGGGAUUCUUACUAAUUCUCAUGACAGGUGCUAUGUUUUAUGUUUUAUGGAGGAAGAAGAUAUCCAACAUGUCUUUUUUAAUUGUCAGUUUUCUAUGCAAAUUUGGAAUCAUAUAUAUUGUUGGUUGGUUAUCAAUUUUAUUCAGUUUGAAGCAGGAUGACACCACUUUAUUUUGUUUGGUAAAAUAGCAAAAGGAAAAUAUCAGAAGUUCCGUCAUCUUAUAUGCUUAGCUACAACAUGGAGCAUUUGACGAUUGCGUAAUAAUAUUGUGUUUAGAGGAGCUUGCGCUAGUGUGUCUUCCUUGAUGGAUCAAAUUGUUUACAUUUCUUAGUUGGUUUUGGUUCAUAGGUUGGUUAGGGAGAAAUAUUACUGACUGGUGUAAUAAUUUCUUAUGCUAGUCUUAAAAUUCAUUUAUGGAUGUGUCAAAAAAAAAAUCAUUUAUGGAAAUUCUUAAAAUCCAGAAGAUUGGAAUUAUGCACAGUAUUUAAA